AUGGAGAACUUCCCAGAUGACAUUCUGAUCCGUAUACUUUCUGAAAUACCUGCCGAAGAGUUGGUCCUGGUGUGUCGUUUGGUGUGUAGUCAAUGGAAGAACAUAAUUGAUGGACUAGAUUUCUGGCAAACAAAAUGUAUGCAAGAUUGUUUUAUGGAAACAGAACUAGAAAAAGAACCAAUAAACUGGAAGACUGUAUACUUUCUCAAUAAAAGAAAAAGAAAUUUGCUCAAAAAUAACAGCGGAGAAGAGGAAUUCGAUUACUGGGAAGAUUUGAAUUAUGGAGGAGAUGGUUGGAAAAUAGAGGACCUUCCAGGAGAUAAUGGAAAUGAUUUUCCAUUUGAAGGAAUAAAGAAAUAUUUUGCAACAUCAUUUGAAUGGUGCAGUAAGUCACAGCUUAUAGAUCUUCUUAGUGAAGGAUACUGGGAGGAUCUGCUCGACACAGAUCAACCGAAUAUACUUAUUGAAGACUGGUAUGCAGCUAGGUCUGAUUCAGGAUGUUUGUAUGAACUCUGUGUGCAGCUUCUAUCUGACAACAAAGAUAUAAUCACUGAAUAUAAGAGCGAGAUAAUAACAAUUCCACAGUUUAGUGAUGCCAGCUGGAACCAGAUAAACCACACAUUUUCAGGAUAUGGACCUGGUGUAAGAUUUAUAAGAUUCCAGCAUGGUGGUCAGGACUCGGUUUUCUGGAAAGGAUGGUAUGGUGUACGUGUUACCAACAGCAGUGUUACAAUACAACCUUAAGACAUCUGGAAUGAAGACACUCUAUCUACUUAGCAUGUUCUUCUUUAUGUUCUUCUGAUGCUGCAUAUAAUAUUGAUAAAGAAGAAAUAAUCCUGCUGAAGAAGAGAAGAUUCUAUCACAAUCCUUAUCUUAUAAUUUUUAGCUUGAUUGACCUAGUUUAAGUUUAUAUUUAUUUUAAUAUGGUCUUUAAAGCUCACUGUAAUAUUUUAGAGAUUGCUGAAACUAUUUUUGCUGUCAAAUUAAAAUACAUUAAAGAAGAAGGAAAGGUAAAUAAGUAAACUUUAUCAGAAAGGUCUAU